AUGCCUGUCUUGACACUUCACGCAGCAGAGACCGCAUCCGCGGCGUCGCAACGAAAGGCUAAAGAAAUAGGCGUCGACGUCAACAUAGCGAUCGUUGACUCGACCCUCCAACUUCUGCACUUUUCUCGAAUGAAAAACGCGAAGCUCACAUCUAUCGAUAUUGCCAUCAACAAGGCUUUUACAGCAGCUGGCCAUCGUGUCCCUACUUCUCACUACAACUCAAAGACUUUCUUCCCUGGCGGCAUGGGAUUCGGCAUCCAAUACUCUAACGGUGGCAGGUUUUGCACAUUGACUGGCGGCAUACCUAUCAUAAUUGAGGGCGUCGUGGUUGGGGCUAUGGGUGUGAGCAGCGGAACUGCUGAACAAGAUGUUCAAGUAGUCGAGGCAGGGCUCAAGGCUAUCGAGAAUCUCGUGAAAAGGUCGCAGGGCCCUCGUUUGUAA